UGAACUUCGCAAGAAUCUUCGUCGUCAUUUGUUGGGCGCUCCGUAUUUCUACUUCUUUUACCAAACCCCGCCAAAAAAUCCUCGGAAGUCUCCAUAUAAAUACCCAGCAAUUGGCAACGCGCUCAAGCAUUAAGAAUCAGACCAGCCAUCGCAUAAAGAAACUCUCAAAAGUCUCAGCCUUCUUCCCGAUGGAGUGGAUCCGAGGACCGACCAUCGGCCGCGGCUCGACCGCCACCGUCUCGCUCGCCACCACCGUCCCCUCUGGCGAGCUCUUCGCCGUCAAGUCGGCCGAGCUCUCCCGUUCGUCGCCUUUGCAAAAGGAGCGGCUUGUCCUGUCUAAGCUCGCUUCUCCUCACAUCGUCGAGUACAUGGGCCACGACAUCACGCACGAAAGCGGCAAACUUUACUACAAUCUGUGGGCGGAGUACUUGCCCAAAGGCACGCUGCUCGACGAGAUCCGGCGCCGCGGGGGGCGUUUGGGUGAGCCUGAGAUUCGAUCGAACACGAGGAAGAUUUUGCGAGGCCUGGAGUAUCUUCACGAGAAUGGGUUGGUUCACGGUGAUGUCAAGGGCGAGAAUUUGUUGAUGGGCAGCGAUGGCCUGAAGAUUGCAGACUUGGGCUGCGCUAGAUUCGUCGGAACACGGCAAUCCAGCCGUGUACUCUCUCCAUCUCGCGCGUUUUCCGGAGUUGACUCACGAGAGACCCACGAUGAGUGCGGAGAACAUGGCAUGCUGUCGGAGCACGCGAUAGUUUCCUCCGACGUCUUCUCCGGCACGCCGAUGUUUAUGGCGCCGGAAGUGGCUCGCAACGAAGAACAGAGUUUCCCGUCGGACGUGUGGAGCGUCGGUUGUACGGUCAUCGAGAUGGCCACUGGGAAAGGCCCGUGGGCCGAGUCGGACCCAGUAUCGGCUCUUUACCGGAUCGGGUUCUCGAGCGACGUGCCUGAGAUCCCACGGCAGCUGUCAGACAGCGGAAGGGACUUUCUGGCCAAGUGCUUGGCGAGAGACCCAAGAGAAAGGUGGGCAGUGAAAGAGUUGCUCGAACACCCAUUUCUUGAUGAAUCGAAGAUAUCCGAGGAGUUCACCAGGAAUUCACCGAAUGGGGUCUUGGAUUCCGGGUUCUGGGAUUCGGUGGAUGUGUGGGAGAGUCCGAGAAACCGAAACGGCUCCGGCGAUGUCGAUUCGUGUUCGUGUUCUUGGAGUCCCGCGACAGAGAGGAUGAAGAGCCUGAUCGAGGAGUACCAGUCUUCGUCAGCCAAUCAGAGUUUACCCGAUCGGGCAUUGGACGAAGAGUGGAUCACAGUGAGAAGUAACAAUCACGAAGAGGAAGUCAGAUACGUUUCGCGACCGACCGACAGUGCCCCGAUCACCGACCCGGCUAGCGACGAGGAAGAGCUGGAGAGCUCUCUGCGCGAGGGCCAUUCUCAUUAUCCUAAUAAUUCUCUUGAUACUUUUUUUGUCUUCAUUGGUGUAGAUUUUAGAGAAGGUUCAUUUGAUUUCAGGGACAGCAGUAAUGUAGUAAGAGUCCUCGCUUGCGAGGAAGAGAAUGAAAUUGCUGAUUCGGCACAACUGCAAGUUCUUCAUCUGAAUUUAAAAGCUCUGUUUUUUUUUUUGCCUCUUCAGAUUGCAGCCUGA